GGGCGGGGAGGAGGGGCAAUCGCGCGCGUCCGCUGUAGGGAAUGUGGAGGAGUCGUGCUGGCAGGUUCGGGGGUUGUCGGAGCCGCGCGGUUGCCUCCCGUGGAGAAGCCGAGGCCCAGGGUCCCCCUCGGUCCCCUUUACCCCACACCGACACCCACACACACACACCGGGUCGCCUGGGAUCCUCGGGCCAAACUAGGGGCCUCACAGACUCUGCUGCACGCAGGGCUGCCUGCUGGCACGCGUCUCCCCGCGAGCGAGGGCAUCCGCCAAGAUGUUGGAGACAUACGUGACCCCCAUCCUGAUGUCCUAUGUUAAUCGCUACAUCAAGAACCUGAAGCCCUCGGACCUGCAGCUGUCUCUGUGGGGCGGCGAUGUGGUACUCAACAAGCUGGAGCUCAGGCUGGAGGUGCUGGAGCAGGAGCUGAAGCUGCCCUUCACCUUCCUGAGCGGCCACAUCCAUGAGCUGCGCAUCCACGUUCCGUGGACCAAGCUCGGCUCGGAGCCCGUGGUCAUCGCAAUCAACACCAUCGAGUGCAUCCUCAAGCUGAAGGACAGCGCCCAGGACGCAGAGGAGAGCAGCAGCUCGCACUCGAGCCGAGCCACGCUGAGCACCGAGGGAUCGCGCUCUGCCAGCCGAGCCAGGAGGCAGCAGCAGCAGCAGGUGACAGCUGCAGAUGCCGAUCUUCCACCAGGGUACGUCCAGAGCCUCAUCCGCCGCGUGGUGAACAACGUGAACAUCCUGGUGAGCAACCUCAUCCUCAAGUACGUGGAGGACGACAUCGUGCUGUCGGUGAACGUGAAGUCGGCCGAGUGCUACUCCGUGGACGAGUUCUGGGAGCGGGCGUUCGUGGACAUCGCCGCCCCCGAGUUGGUUCUUCGUAAAGUGAUCAACUUCUCGGACUGCACGGUGUGUCUGGACAAGCGCAGCGCCAGCGGAAAGAUCGAGCUCUACCAGGACCCGCUGAUCUACAAGUGCUCCUUCCGCACGCGCCUGCACUUCACCUACGAGAGCCUUAGCGGCAAGAUGCCCUCCAUCAUCAAGAUUCACACGCUGUGCGAGAGCCUCACUCUCUCCGUCACCGACCAGCAGCUUCCCAUGUUCAUCCGCCUCAUCCAGCUGGGGAUCGCUCUCUACUACGGCGAGAUCGGGCAGCCGGACGUCGCCCAGGCGGGAGACGAGGGCCCCCCGCACACUCCUGAAGUGCCCAUGACAGAGGACGGCAUGGACCCGGAGGACAGCAGCCUGUACUACUCCUCCCAGCGGCCGGACGACAACGAGGGCUGGGUCUCCUGGGCCUGGUCGUUUGUGCCGGCCAUCGUGGCGUACGAAGAUGAGAAGCGCGAGGCUGCGGAGGGUGACGAGGGCGACGAGGAGGAAGGGGAGGAGCUGGACGUGGGCGGAGACCCUGAGGAGGGCCGCAAAGCGAACCGACGGGGUCAUCGCCCGCCCAGAGAUCCCAUCCUCUCGGUCGGGUUCUACAUGACCCGUCUCACUGUCACAUUCAAGGUGACCGAGAGCCACCCGGAGAGUGCUUUUUACGGCUCCAACAAAGUGAUAUUCAAGCCCAUUUUAGUCUGGGAGCAGGAGGGAACGGCUGUUGAUGCUCUCAUGCAGGGCGAACCCUUCUUCAACUGCCAGUUCGGCUUCGUCAAGUGCCGAGCCUCGUCCCAGCACGGCAUUCUGGGAGUCCGAGACUUUGAGGACUGCAGAGAAGAUGGUGGAGACGGCUGUUUCUUGUGCUGCGGCGAGAGCCUCAGCAGCAAGGGCCCCACGUACAUGAGCGGCUCCCUCUUCGACUACCGAAGCCCGGAGAACAACGGCGUCCGCGCCGAGUUCACCUUCGACCCCGACGCACACCGGGAGACGUGCACGGAGACGGCGGGACUCCAGCGGUUUGGCGCCGCGUACCUUGACUACUUGUACACCAUGGCCGUGGAGGAGAACAAAGUUGCUGGCGGCCCCUUGGAGGGAGCCCCUGGGAGGGCCGGCGACGGGCCCCGUCCCAGGGAAUCGUCGCUCAAGCGCUUCGUGCUGGGCGCCGCCGAGCUGCGCCUCGAUGCCAGCUCGGUGCAUCGCGUCGCCAAGAUGGUGGCCUGCGCGCUCGACCACGAGUACGAAGCCUACAGCAGCCCCGGGCCAGAGCUGGUGGAGGAGGCACGGGUGCCACCCAGCCCCGAGGAGGUGGCCUCCCUGGAGGAGUUCAUCCCAGUCCGCACCACCUGCCUCACCGUCCUGAGCGUCAGCCUCACCAUGCCCAUCGCAGAGUUCAACCUCCUUGACAGAAUCUUCCCGCAGUACUUCUCGGGCCAGGUGGGCGCGGGUGCCCUCGGGGCCAAGCCUCCGGCGUUGCGCGCCCUGCCUGCGCUCGCGUUGCACGUGGACCGCGUCAACGUGGAGCACUGCACCCCCAUGUACCCGCGCCGCCUCGCCAGGACGCUCAGCAGCCUGUCGCAGCCCUCACGGAGCCUCCUGCACCACUGCUACGUGCACUGCUACCUCAAGGUGUUCGGACUGAGAGCCGAUCUCGUUUGCCUGAACGCGUCCUUGGCUCACCCGCCCGUGCCCAUCAUCCCAGCCUUCAGUCCAGCCCUGUACAUCAAGCUGCUGCAGCUGCCCAUGUACUGGGCCAAGAAGGUCAUGCUGCCUGUGACAGAGGGCAUCUUUGAGCUGCCCAGUCUGUCGCUGAGGGCCACGCGAGCCCAGACGCGUCUGCUCGAGGCCAUCGCACACAGCUGGAGCCCGGAAGGGGCAGCCCGAGGAGCGGCGGAAGAGACGCUCCUUCACGACGCCUUCGCUCACGCACGUGUUGGCGGCGGCGUCGUGGACCAGCCCCUGCUCGAGUGCACGCUGCAGAGUCUGGAGAUCAAGAGCUGCACGACGCCCACGCUCUGGGCCGUGUCCGGCAGCCUUGGCUCUCUGCAAGCCUGGGCUCGUCUGCAAGCAGAGGAAGGUGCCAAAGAUGCAGCGGCGAUCCCGUUAUUCCAAGGCCCCACGGACACGCGUCGCUUGCACCGGCCGGACUGGCUGUCCGACCCGCACAGCCUGGGCUCCGUGGCGGUGCCACCGUCAGAGUUCCUGACGUUCACACUGCAGAUUCCUCACCAGCUCGACAAUUACUCCAACACAGGCGCCGUGCUGCUGCUGAACGUGGAGGGAGCGGCGCUGAAUGUCGACCCCGUGCUCUACACCUGGCUCCUGUACCAGCCGCGGCCGGGCGUGGGCCGAGCCCGGCAGCAGUCUGCGCCAAAGGCCGCUGCGGCUGCCGCGUCGGCCGCCCGGAAGAAAGGGGACGAGGCCUCCCUCGGCAGCGCCCCGGCCGUGACGCAGCCCUCGCACCAGGGCUCGGAGAGGGCCAGCAGCCCCCUCAAAACAAAGACGGCGACAGAGUCGCGUGUUGUGCCUGGCCCGGCAAAGCCGCCUGCUCGGGAGGCGGUGUGCACAGGGGAGGCAGCGCACGGCGGGGUCACGGGCUUCAUCGGCAAGCUCUGGGAAGGGGUCAAGAGGCUCACCCUGCAGGUGGACCUGGAGGCGUGGUGUGUCACGGUGCCCAGCGAUCACCUGUCGGUGUCAGCGGCGCCGUGGCCCAACGCCAUCCCCGGUGCGUUGCGGGAGUGGUUCCUGGGGCCCCGCACGAUGCCCGGCACCCUGGUGGUGUGCCUGCCACGCGGACGCGCCAUCAGCGCCGGCCACAAGCACACAGCGGUGCUGCAAGAGAUCCCCUUUGACGCCUUGCGCCCAAUUCACCAGGAAGGCAACGCCUUCCCGUGGACGGUGAGCCUGAGCGACGCGAGCGCCUACACACUGCUCGCCGGGCCCCACGCCGCUCUGUCGCUGCUGGAGCCGGCGGGCUGCACGUCCACGCUGGCCGUCACCUCCGACAAGCAGCCGGGCGAUGCGCAGGGCCAGGCCUACGUGGUGUGCCUCCACGUGGAUCUGCUGCCCGUGGAAGUCCGAGCCUGCAGCGCGCAGCUGCGGCUCCUGUGGGAGCUGAGCGACCUCAUGGGGAGGACGGCGCGCCGGCUGCAGCGGAGGGAGGCGGUGCUGCUGCGGCGCACCUCCGUCUCGCCCGACGUGGCCGCGACGCAGAUGGCACCGGGCUCGCCUAUCCGCAGCAGCGUCAGCAACGCGCAGGGCGACGCCAGCUCCUGCAGCCCCUCGGCGGACGUCUGCACGACCACCGAGGGCGACACCACUCAGACGGGCGAGGACGCGGCGUUUGGCGGCACAGACACGCUGGAGCAGAAGACGAGCCACAUGGGCGGCAGUGGGAGCCGCGCCAGCGUGUGGCUGCAGUGCAUGCUCCCCAAGCUCACCGUGCGGCUCUUUGCCAAUGAGCGCGACGGCACGGACUGCGUGGCUGCCGCCGAGCUCUGUGUGGUUGGAGAGCUUGAGGAGCUCAGUGCCUCAGUGGACAUUCAGGACAUCUACACCAAGGUGAAGUGCAAGAUCGGAAACUUCAACGUAGACCACUUUCGCCAAAGGCCGGAUGAACUGUGGAGGGAAGGACACUUUGAUGGACUUCUGCUGCUAUGUAAAGACAAGCCAGUGACGGCGGGCAAGCUGCUGGAGACCUCGCAGCAGCAGCAGCAGCAGCACGGCUUCCUGUCGCUCACGUACACGCGGGCGCUCACGCGCAACGUGCGCCAGCGCAUCUCGUCGCGCCAGGAGCGCGUGUCGCGCAGCCUUCACCGCGGCGACGCUCCGGACACUGGGCCCUCGCACCUGCACGAGGUGCUCGUCAGCCUGCAGCCCUUCGACCUGGUGCUGCACUACCCGCUGCUGCGCGCCGUCGCGUCGCUGCUGGACGCGGGCGGCGGCGGCGGCGAAGCCGCCCGGCGCUCCCCGGCCGCCGGCAAGCGAGCGGCGCCGGCGGGCUCCGCCGUCGGGCAGCCCGUGAAGCAGCACGCGCUGUCGUCCCGCGGGCUCCCCCUGCUCUACCUCAACACGAGCGUCAUUCGCGUGUUCGUGCCGCAGAGCGAGGGCAAGCAGCAGCAGCAGCAGCAGCCGGCCACAAGCACCUCUGCUCCCAAGGAAGACACGCUUGUGUUGAAAAUAGGAUCCAUCAGCCUGGCGCCUGUGGCAGAUAACCCGCUCACCAGGAUCGUUAUUCGCAAAGAUAUUUUCCAACGAGCACUGAACCUGGGCAUCCUGCGGGAGCCCGGCUCGGAGGUGGAGGACCGGCAGUACCAGGUGGACCUGCAGGCCAUCAACGUCAGCACGGGCUGCUGGGCCCAGCUGCGGCCCGACCGCGGCGGAGAGAGGAGCGGCCACGGCACGCCCGACGACGAGAGGGGCUCCCAGAACCCUGCCCUGGAGUGGAACACGGCCAGCGGCCUGCGGAGGCAGCCGGAGCGGAGGGCCAUCCUCACGCCGCUCCUCACCGACUUCGGCAUCAGGGUGACGGCCGCCCCCGCCGUCGUGUUCGUCAAGAACAUGGGCGCAGAGCUCGGCCACACGGAGGAGGUGCUGGUGUGUGGACACUCGCUGGAGGUCAACGUCACCUCCAGCCUCGACUUCUUCCUCAGCCUGGCACAGCUUCAACUGAUGCAGCACUUGGCCGAGGAGAACUUGACUUCCUUUCCUGCCUCGCAAGAAGACGUGCAGGCGGUCACACCCGAGCACCUGCAGCCGAUCGGCACGAAGCCGCCUGAUGGCGCGGUGGCGACGUCCGCGGACGCGGCAUCACGGCACAGCCGGGCGCAGGACAGCGGCAUCGGCAGCGACAGUGCCGCGGCGCUGCUCGUCCACACGGAGCACCCUGCGUCGCUCGUACGUCACCGGCAGCAGCAGCAGCAGCAGCAGCAGCGCCUGCCCUGCGCGUCGCGCCAGUCGUCCACCGUCAAGAGCCGCAGCUUCGUCCCCUUCGACGUGUUCCUCACCGCCAGCAAGAUCUCCGCUAUGACCUACUCGGCGACGCCCGUCAAGGGCAGGUGCGCCGAGCCGUCGCCGGGCUCCCAGCCGAGGCCCCCGGCGCCUUGCGAGAGCGCGUCGAGCAGCGCGCCCGGCUCCGCGGCAGACGGCCGGCCGCCCGCCGAGGCCCAGGGCGGCGCGCGGCCGGCGCCGGAGGAGGCCGGGCCCUCGUCGACCGCCCCUCCGCCGUCGCGGAGCGCUGCGCGGGCCGCCGCCGCCGUGGACGACCUCCCGCCGACGGCUCCGCCGGCGCCGCCGCCGCCGCCGCCGCCGCCGUCUCCGCCGGCGCGCUUCGGCGGCCACACGGCGGCGCCGUGCACGGCCGCGGGGAGGUUCCUGCCGCCGGAGAGCCUGCGGGUGCCCGGCAGGUCGUCGGCGAGACAGGCCCUGGGACUCACGGUGGUGCGGCAGCCCGGGCGCAAGUCCGGAGAUGGGUCGCAGCAGCUGGAGCCGUUCCUGUACGCGCUGGUGCACCAGCCGUCCGUGCUGCUCAGCUGUCACCGGCGCACGCAGAAGCUGGACUUCUCGUGCUUCGACGCCUGCGUCAAGGGGGCGGUGAUCAACUACAAGUCGGGAGAUCCUGGGAAGUCGCUGCCAGAGCCCCUGGACUACUCGGUGCCGUGGCUGCAGACCAUGUGCGGAGAGACGGACGCGCGAACGGGCGUACCCCCGGGCCUCCUCUCCCUGCAAAUACGAGACUUCCUCAACGAGCCGGCCAGCAUUCACGUGGAGCUGGGCCGCCCGUGCAAGAUCAGCCCCAGCCUCGGCAAGCUGGACCAGGUGGCCCGCUUCGUGGGCAAACUCUCGGCGUCGGAGCGGCCGGAAAGCGGCCGGAGCUCCGGGUCGACCGGCGAACUGCCGUCGGGAGGCCGGGAGCGGUGCGAGGACACGGCGGCUGCGGCAGGAACAGCAGCAGCAGCAGCAGGAGGAGGAGGAGGAGGGGACCGGCGGCGACGGCAGCUGCUGCUGGAGGUGCUGGCGCUCGUGGGCAGCGUGUCGCUGUCCACGUGCCAGGCAGUGGUGGCGGCCGAGUGCGUGCCGCACCCCGAGAGGCCGGCGCUCGGCGCGUCCGUCGCGGCGUUGUCGGCGAGGGUCGACGUGAGGAGCAGCGCCGCCGGCUCGCUGCAGUCGCUGUCCGCCGAGGUGCGGCUCACGGACGCGCUGCUCAAGACCGGCCUGCGUGACUGCUCUCGCUCGCUGCUCGGCCCGUUCUGCGGCAGCGUCCGCGCCGACGCCAAGUGGUGCGGCCACAGCGGCGCCUCGGAGGUGCUCCCCAAGCUGCUGCUCUACGUCGACCUGGGCCUCGUGCAGGUGUUCUGGGGCCAGGACCACGUGCGCUGCCUCACGCUGCUGCAGCAGCUGCUGGCGUCGCACCGGGGGCUGCCGGGAGGGCCGGCGCAGCAUCGUGCCGUCGCCUCGGCCGCCCACGCCGAGGAGCGCCGUGCCAGGCGCUGCACCGCCGAGCACAGCGCCGACGACUUGCGCACCGGCCUCUUCCAUUACAUCCCCGACGCAGAGAGUCAGAAGCUGCUGCCGAACGUGCAGGAGGUCGUCUUCUACAACGAGACGGAGGACAGCGCCGGCGCGAUGUUGUGGCGCUACCCGGAGCCGCGCGUGCUGACGCGCGUGCGCAUCGCUCCGGUGCCGUUCAACACCACCGAGGACCCCGACAUCAGCACCGCUGACCUCGGCGACGUUCUGCAGGUGCCGUGCUCGCUGGAGUACUACGACGAGCUGAAGAUGGCGUUUGUCCGUUACCGGGACUUCAGCCUGUCGGAGAGCCGCGCCUGCGAGCUGCCGCUGCCCAGCCCCGAGCUGGCCGAGGAGCAGGGCGAGGUGGUGGCGGCCGACAUGUGGAGGGUGGUGCUGCACAACGGGCAGGACACGCCCGAAGAGCAGAGCGUGGAUGGUGAGAGUGGCUCUCAGGGCGUGUGCGACCCGCUCGUGUCACCCAUGGCCCUGGCCGCCUGCAUGCGAGUCGACUCGAGUUUCUCGCCGGCGUGGGUUCCGGCUCUCGGAGCAUCCUUGCGGCUCAGCUGCCUGCAGCUUCACCUUCUGCACCACGCCAGCCAGUUCGGCGCAGUAGGCUGCCCGCUUCGCCUGCGCCCGUUCGUGCCGGACCGCAGGACGCCGGGCGAGCACGAGUUCCUGGUGGUGUCGCUGGACGAGCCGCGCGUCUCCGCGCUGCACUGGGACGGGGCGCCCUCGCGCACGCACGCGCGCGUCAGCACGGGCGCGGAGGCCCGCGUGCUGGAGCACCGCAGCCUCACGCUGCGCCCCGCCGUCGAGCCGUUCCGCGCCCGGGCGCGCCUCCGCGUGACGCGCGGAGGCGCCGGCGGGGGGGACGGUGACGACGCCGGGGCCGCCGUGCACGCCCGCGUGCGCGUGGACCCCGUGUUCGUGCGCGUCGGCCAGUACACCGUGCACACGAUCGCGACGGCCGUGCAGGCGUGGACGGAGGCUGGCAGCCCCAAUGCUGCAGACCACCUGUUCAGCCACUUCAUCAUCUGCAAUGAGACCCAGGAGACCCUGAGGCUGGGGCAGGUGGACACAGAUGAGAGCAUUCUUCUGUCCAGUCGGCAGAUGCACCAGUACUCGUGGAGGUCGCACAAAAUCGCACAGAUGCUGCACGUGUGCAUCGAGGGCUGGGGGAACUGGCGGUGGUCGGAGCCCUUCAGCAUCGACUGCCCGGGCGUCUUCCUGCGCAGCAUCCAGUACAAGGGGCGCGUCGCCUCGCUCGUCGUCACCGUGGUCAUGCUCAGCGGCGUACAGAAGCAGAUUACGAUCACGGGCAGGCACGUGGUGCGCAGCUUUCUCGACAUGGACCUCGAGCUGCACUUGACGCAGAGCUUCAUGGGCCCCGACGGGCAACCGGUGACGGCCGAGCACACCCAGGCCCUGCCGGCCAAUCAUAUGCUUCCGUCUUACGUGAUGGAGAGCGCCGAGCUGCGGUGCGUGCGCGUCAGGGUGCCCGGCUGCGAUUGGUCCGGAGAGGUGUGUCCUUCCGCCAACCGAUUGGAGGAGAGCGUUGUGAUGGAGGUUCCUCGUCCGAACGGAUCCCCCAUCCACAUCUGGUGUUCCGUGCUGGCCUCCCAGCCCAGCGCAGUGGUCGAGCAACGCGUGAUGGUGUUCAGCCCAUUGUUCAUGAUGUGCAGCCACCUCCCAGAGCCACUCACCCUGCACGUGGAGAAGAGGAGCCGGGGACAGAGGCAGAUGCAGUGCAUUGUGGGCCGGGGUCAGGAGGUCACGCUUCAGCACAUGGAGGCAGAGCUGACGCAUCACCUCACCUUCCAGACGAGGGAUGACGGUGAGGUGUCGGAAGCUGCGGUGCCCAUCUCCACGGCGCUCGUCCUGCAGAUCAUGGACAAGGCAGACUCGGAGCCCCUGGACAUGUCCCCGUUACUCGCCGCCACGACUCUCGACAAACCUGACAACCCAUGGCCGUACAUCGGCCCCAGUCAUGAACGGGCGGCGUGGGAGGCCUCGUGCCAGUGGGAGAGCCCCAUGCAGGUGAAGCUGUCGGCCUGGAAGCCCGGCCUCAAGACCCUCUUCAUCGAGCUGCGGCCCUGGGCCCUGUUGCUCAACCGCUCCUCCUGGGACCUGUGGCUCUUCGAGGGAGAGCGCGUCAGCGUGCAGGCGCCCGCCGGCAAAACCAUCGUCCCUCCCAACUUCACGGAGCCCUUCCAGCUGGGAAUCUACUACUCACGCUCCAACACGGUGCACAAGUCGGCCGCCGUGCGCCUGGCGCGUGAGGUCACGUCGCCCAAGUGGGCCAACGGCGGCGCCGCCGCCUUUGAGGUGGUGGUGGAGCUGCCGGAGGAGGGGCUGGCGCACGUGGACGUGCGUCUGGGCUCCGUGCCGGGCGCCGGGAAGCUGUGUCAGUUCUGCAUCACGUCGAUGCUGCGCCGAGGAAUUCAGGUUCUCCUCGUUGAGGACCGCACCACCCUCAUCAACAAGACGCCGUUCAGCAUCGCCUGCCUGCCCGUGGCUGUUAGCGACAAGGCCUACAGCACCCUGGGCUGCGUCUCCACAACAGAGGCAGCCGCGUUUACGAUCGGCCCGGCCCGCGAUGGCUCCUCCCGGUCCCCCAUUGCGUGCUGGGAGCUAGCCGGAGCCGACGGAGCUGCUAGCGACGGCGCGGCCGCGCUCCUCAAGAGCCUUCGCCUCUCCGUGGCCAAGGAGGGAGGCGAGCGUCCGCACGGCAGCUGGAGUUUGCCGGCGCUCGUCCGGGUCGACCUUCCCCGGCAGAGCGUCGCCCUGCCUACGGACGACUACGCCGAGAGCCACGUGUGCACGAGACCCGUGGUGCUCACCUGUCAAGAAGCCCAGGGAGUAACGUAUCUAUUCCUGCUCGAGGACCCGUGCCCUCGCAUGCUGAUCCACAACCUUUGUCCCGUGCCCAUCACCUUGAAGGAGAUCCCUGCAGUGGAGCCGCGCCUUCCGGCGCCACCGCCCGUGAUCCCUGCCGAGUGCUGGGCACACCACGAGCUGCAGCAGCAGAGGGCGGCCUUCCCCGACUGCCAGGCGAGAGGGCCUCUGCCGGCCGUCGGGCUGGCGCUGGUCCCGGCCGCCGAGUGGAGCGACGAGGUGGACCUCAACAGCGCCGGCACGCAGGUGGUGUUCCUGCCAGGCUUUGGCUGCGUCUACGUCAACAUCUCGCACCACCGGAGCUCCCUCUCCGUCAGCAUCGCUCCCGAGAGCAGGGCGGGGCCCGUACUCACCUCCCUGCGCAGGGAGACGCGCCACACGAGCCUGGACCUGCAGGUGUCCUUCGCCCAGGUGAGCGCCGUCCUCGCCGACGACGUCACCAACCCCGCGUCGUCCAGCGAGCUGCUCCGCCUCACGGCCGACGACGUCGUGCUGAGCCUCUCCCCGCGGAGGGCGACCCCCCCCCCUCGCGAGGGAGGGGGGUCGCCCUCGGCGGCGGGCCCCGGCGCCCCGCGUCCCGACCCCGCGGCGUCCGCCGGCUCGCUCGCGGACGACGGCGGCGACGGCUGCGCCCUGGAGGUCAUCGUCGGAGACCUGCAGCUCGACAACCAGCUCUUCGAGAGGACGAGCUUCCACUUCCCCGUGCUGCUGUGCCGGGUGGACCCCGGGCCCGAGGACGCGGGCCCGGGCCCCCGCGGCCACGCGGGCGUGCCGGAGCGUGCCCUCGGAGGGGCGGACGUCGGCGGGCGUCGCAAGGGCGCCGCCUUCCGAGCGCUGGUCGUGUUCGACGAGGCCCCGGACUUCGGCUUCCACCCGACGGAGGUGGAGCUCGAGUUCGAGCCCAUGCGGCUCUACUUGGAGGACACCCUGGUCUACUACGUGAAGACGCUUCUGGCCACGUUCGCGCCGGACGGCCGAGCCCGCCGCCGGGCGGACGGCCGGCCCGCGGGCGACGACGCCGCGCCGUGGGACGUGGCGCGGUCCUCGCUGGCGCUUCUGCGGCCCGUGCAGCUGCGCCGGCUGGCGGUGCGGCCGCUGCGGCUGCUCGUGAGCGUGCACGCCUCGCUCAAGCUCUACAUCGCCUCGGACCACACGCCGCUCGCGUUCUCCGAGUUCGAGCGCGGGCCGCUGUUCACCACCCCGAGGCAGCUCGUGCACGCCCUGGCAAUGCACUACGCGGCGGGGGCUCUCUUCCGCGCCGGGUGGGUGGUGGGAUCCCUGGAGAUCCUGGGCAGUCCGGCCAGCCUGGUGCGCAGCGUCGGCAACGGCAUCGCAGACUUCUUCCGGCUGCCGUACGAAGGGCUCACGCGCGGCCCCGGGGCGUUCGUCAGCGGCGUGUCCAGAGGCACCACCUCCUUCGUGAAGCACAUUUCCAAAGGCACGCUGACGUCCAUCACCAACCUGGCCACGAGCCUCGCGCGCAACAUGGACCGCCUGUCGCUGGACGAGGAGCACUCGAGCCGCCAGGAGGAGUGGCGUCGGCAGCUGCCCGAGAGUCUGGGCGACGGCCUGAGACAGGGCCUCUCCCGCCUCGGCCUGAGCCUGCUCGGCGCCAUUGCAGGAAUAGUCGACCAGCCAAUUCAGAAUUUCCAAAAGGCCUCCAUCGGCAGCAAGACCAAGGGCGUGAUCUCGGGCAUGGGCAAGGGGUUGGUUGGCGUCUUCACCAAGCCCAUUGCGGGAGCAGCAGAGCUCGUUUCACAGACUGGAUAUGGCAUUCUGCACGGGGCCGGCUUGAGGCAGUUCCCAAAGCAGCGCUUCUCACCGACGGACGAGGCAGCUGCCCUGGCGCCGAACAGCCAUGCUAAAUACGUCUGGAAAAUGCUGCAAGCCCUGGGCCGCCCAGAGGCACUCAUGGCCCUGGAGGUGGUGAUGAUCAGCGGAGCGGGCGUGGAGCACGAGGGCUGCCUCUUGCUCACGGCCGACGUGCUCUUCGUGGUGAGCCUCAGCGAGGACACGCAGCAGCAGGCCUUCCCCGUCACCGAGGUGUCGUGCCGCAUGUCGCUCGCCCAGGCGGGCCUGCUCGAGGUGCAGCUCAAGCAGCCGAGUGGCGGCGCCGGCGGUGCCGGCGGCGGCGACGACACGCCGGAGCAGCAGCAGCAGCAGCAGCAAGCGGAGCUGUGCGGGCAGGAGAAGUUGUCGGAGCAGCAGUACGAGCGCUUGGUAGACUACGUGCGCCGCUCGUCGCAGUACCUGGCCCCGCUGGUGCCGCGGCACGAGCAGGCUCCCCCGGUCGCCCGCUCCGCGCCGCCCGCCGCCAACAUUAAAACCUACCAGUACCUCGUGCACCCCAGCUUCGGAGAGGUUUUCGUGGGGAGGUUCACGCAGGCCAAGAACAGGGCGCUGCACAAAGGCUUUUCGUGAAGGCGUGUGGAGGCUGGCGCGAUGACAACCGUUGGUCGAUCAAGAAGUGACUCGACCGACGGACGGUUAUAACUGACUAUUUUGUGGUCGUUUGCCCGGCCCCCCCCCCCCCCC